AUGCCGGCGAGGCGUGCUGUGGGCUUGGGUGUUCGCUGCGGGAGGGUCGUGGGAGCGAGUCCGGCGGUAACGGCGGGGGGGGGGGGAAAAAGUCCCGAGACUGAUAACGCAUCGGUUUGGGUGUCAGAGCUGCUCCUGAGACACGUAAACCUGCGUUUUGCGUUUUUCCUGUGGUACGUCUGCAACACAGAACAGUUGUCUGAAGCCCUUCAGCCUAUUUUUGUCCAGAGUUACCUUGACCAAGGAACACAGAUCUUCUUAAACAACAGCAUUGAGAAAUCAGGCUGGCUGUUUAUCCAGCUCUAUCACUCUUUUGUGUCCUCAAUUUUUAGCCUGUUUAUGUCUAGAACAUCUAUCAAUGGGCUGCUGGGAAGGGGCUCUAUGUUUGUGUUUUCCCCAGAACAAUUUCAAAGACUGCUUAAAAUAAAUCCAGAAUGGAAAUCCCACAGACUUCUCGAUUUAGGGGCUGGGGACGGAGAAGUCACUAAAGUCAUGAGUCCUCACUUUGAAGAAAUCUAUGCCACUGAAUUGUCUGAAACUAUGAUAUGGCAGCUUCAGAAGAAGAAAUACAGGGUGCUUGGUAUAAAUGAAUGGCAAAACACAGGAUUUCAGUAUGAUGUUAUCAGCUGUUUGAAUUUGCUGGAUCGCUGUGAUCAGCCACUGACUGUAUUAAAAGAUAUUAGAAGUGUACUGGAGCCAACUAGAGGCAGAGUCAUUCUAGCAUUAGUUCUGCCAUUUCACCCGUAUGUGGAAAAUGGUGGCAAGUGGGAAAAGCCCUCAGAAGUUUUGGAAAUCAAAGGGCACACUUGGGAAGAACAGGUGAAUAGCCUGCCAGAAGUUUUCAGUAAAGCUGGUUUUGCCAUAGAGGCUUUCACCAGACUGCCAUACCUAUGUGAAGGUGAUAUGUAUAAUGACUACUAUGUACUAGAUGAUGCUGUCUUCGUCCUCAAGCCAGUGUAAGCAUGUAUGAAGUAAAUCUCCAGAAUCUAACCCGAGAAGCAGCCUCUGAAAGAGGGGUUUGAUUUAUGGUUACUUAAAGGGAGGGAAUUUGGGGACUGCCAAGCUAAAUAAAUAUCAUGUAAGAAAUUUAAAAGCCAAAAUACUAAUGUAUUUCUUUGUAGUGCGAUUAGGGAAAAAAGGUUGUUUUUUAAACAGACUGUUCAGUUGAGAAUUUCUUUUUUACCAGGUCUUAAACCAACAAUGCAUUCUGCAAUCCAGCAGUAAUGCGGGAUAUUUUUUUAUACUUACCUGCAACAGGGGUCAGAUCCAAACAAAAGCAAUAGUGAUGAAACUGAUACAAUGUGAACUGUUGUUAAAGAAAUCAAGUGAAAUCUGGCAAUAAAGUUAACCAUUCAGUUCAAGCCUUGUUGAAUAUAAACUGUUGAAAUGGAUAUUCUUCCAUGUGAAGUUACUUUCUCUUUUACUGUCAUUCUUCACAUGUUUUUAAUCAUGCUAAUAAACUUUUUUGAGAUGA